GAAAUGAUGAAAAAGCCAAGUUUGGUUGAUGAUUUAGCAAGUUUGGAAUGUAAUAAAGGAUGAUCUAGUUUUCUGCUAGAUAUUUAUAUGUUGGGAUUAGAUAUUCAAAAAAUUCUUAAUUUUAAUGGUUAGUUUAGAUAAAUAACUGAGUAAGAAGUUUAAUAAGAGAGAGACUUAUUGGUACUAAAAAGAUUUAAUGAGAGGUCAAUGUAAAAUAGUAAUAUUAUAUAAAUACAUUAAUAAAAAUAUUAAUAUGUCAGAACUUGAGAUAGCACGCAAGAAAAUAUCAUUUGAUGUAAAAAAGUUGUCACACUUCAUUUGGGAAGGAGAAGAGAGAUUCAAUAGAUUCAUGGCAUUUUAGAAACUUUGUAGUUCAGAUCCUCUUCUUCGUAAUAAUCCAAAGGACAUUGGAAUAGGAAGAGCAGAGACAUAUGAAUUGUAUGCAAGAAAAAUGAAGAAGUUGUUAGAGGUGGCUGAUUUAAGAGAUAUAAAGGAGUUUGCAACAUUGAUAUAUCCAGAAGCUGUAAGAUAAUGAUAGUAUAUUGAAUAGUUAGUGUCGUCAUUGAAUUAUGAGAUGUUCAUGCCUACAAUAUUGAAUUUGGGAACAGAAGAAUAAGUGAAGUUAUUUUAUGAGCCAGCAUCAAGAUGGGAGAUAUUGGGUUGUUAUUCAUAAACAGAAUUAGCUCAUGGUUCAGAUAUCAAUAGAAUUGAAACAAUAGCCACAUAUGAUAAAUAAACAAAAUGUUUUAUAAUUCAUACUCCAUCAUUAAAAGCAACAAAAUGGUGGGGUAGUGAUAUGGGUAUAACAGCUACUCAUGUAGUAACUUAAGCUUAAUUAUAUAUUGAUGGUAAGAGAUGUGGAGUAUAGAAUUUUGUUGUAUAAAUAAGAGAUGUUAAAACUCAUUAAACAUUACCCGGUGUUUUAGUUGGGGAUAUUGGAGCUAAAUUUGGAUAUAAUUCAAAAGAUAAUGGGUAUUUAAGAUUUGAUAAUGUUCGUAUUCCUAAAGUAAAUAUGUUAAGUAAGUAUGUGAAUGUGUCAGAUGAUGGCUAAUUCACUAAAACUGGAGAUGAUAAGAUUUGGCAUGCAACUAUGCAAUUAAUGAGAUAACAUUUCUUAGAUUCUGUUUGGAAAUGUUUAGGAAUUGGUUUAACUAUUGUUAUUAGAUAUUCUUUAUAAAGAAAAUAAUUUAAAGAUUCUCUAGGUUAAGAAAUUCCAAUCUUUGAUUAUUAACUUUAAUAACAUAAACUUAUCCCUUUGAUUGCUGAAAUGUAUGGAUGUAUGAUAGGAAGUAAGAGAGUAUUUGCUAUGGCUUAAGAUAAUGUUGCUAGAAUCAAAUAAAAGAAUGAUUUCUCUAAAAUGAUGGUAUAACAUUAAUUAUUUAUUUUAGGAAGUUCAUGUUGUUUUGAGUGCUUCAAAGGCAUAUUAUACAUGGAAUUGUUUCUUUGCUCUAGAAAAGGUUAGAUAAUGUGCUGGAGGACAUGGUUAUUCUUAUUAUUCAGGAAUCCCACCUCUUAUUACUGAAAUGAGUCCAUGUGUUGUAGCUGAAGGUGAUAAUACUGUAUUAUCAUUAUCUGUUGGUAAAGUUUUGUUGAUGUAUCUUAAUAAAGGUAACAAUGUUUAUAUUGUUCAUAGCAAUGUAAUCAGGAAAAGCUCCUAACACCACUUGUGAUUAUUUGGAAGACAUCUUCAAUUAUUUGACUGAACUCAAAUAACCAUUAAUUUCUAAAGAAUGCACUAGAGAUCUUGCUAAAGUUUUGGCUGCUCUAAGAUAUAAUGUUGCUUUCAAUGUUGCUAAUGCUGGAUAAAAACUACAAGCUCUUAUGGGUGAUAAAGGACUAACAUUCAAAGAAGCCACUGAUAAACAUUUAGGAAUCCUUUUAUAAGAAAUUGCACACACUUAAUCUAAUUAUUGGACUUAUAGAACUUUCCUUGAAGAGCUCAAUACUUUAGUUGAUCCAAAUAUUAAAGCUGCCCUCACUUAAUUAUGUUUAUUGUAUGGUCUCAAUAAGAUUUUGGAAUAAUAAGGAUAAUUGUUUGAAUAUGGAGUUUUAAGUGGUCCUCAAUUUGUAUGGAUCAGAGAAACUAGAGAUGAUAUUAUUGCCAAUUUGAAAGACAAUGCAUUAGGAUUGGUCGAGGUAAUAAAUUCAAACAUAUUUAGGCCAUAGCAUAUGAUGAUAAUAGUGUCAGAUCUGCUAUUGGAGAUUCUUAGGGUAAUCCAUAUGAGAAAUUAUAUCAUUGGGCUAAAGAUCUUAAUCCAUUAAAUGAACCUGAAUUCCAUGAAUAAGUUUUCAAAACUAUUAAGACUAUCAGAACAGCAUCUCCACAUGCUAAAUUAUGAUUAAGAUUAACAAAUUAUGAGAU